UUGUAAGUUGUGAACCAUUUUCAUACAUCAUCUGAAUCCUUUCUUCCCUUUUUUGUAUGUUGUAGAGAUGGUGAAGACAAAGACCACUCACAGGAAGGAACAGAAAUGUCCCAUGUGUGCAUUCACUAGUGUAGAUAUUGAAAGGAUGAAGGAGCAUAUUCUCAUGUGUGGUCUGAAGGAAAUGGAGAAGAAAUCCUUCGUAUGUGAAGAAUGCCCAUUUGCUACCACCUCGGCAAGCAAUCUUCUCCGGCACACGAAGAGAAGACACAGUGUAGAACAGACGGCACAGCCGGGACCCUCACGUGAAGGAGGUAGCUAUUCUACAGUGAGAGAGGAGGAAGACUCGUGGAAAGACAAUGACCCUGGUGAUCUUGCUAGCAUCCUAGGUGAUGUGUCGGACUCUGACAAUGGGGAAGACCAUGAUGAGUCUGCUGCUGGCGAGGAACCUGAUGUAGAGGCCAUCCCUGAUCCAACGGUGAGGAAGCAUACACGGCCAGAUCAAGUGUUCACCCCUAAACGGGCGCCAGAGAAAUUGAGUCCCAAGGAUCCCAGGAAUUGUAUCCCACAGAAAGUCCCAAGGGUAGAGAGGCCUCCUACCAAUCUCCAUCAAGUUCCUAGGGUGUCAAAGGCGAUGGCGAGUGUGUCUACUCAGACAAAGCCAGUUAUAGAGAGGCAUGUGGUCUGGAAAACGACAAGGUACACAGAAGGAGAUAGGGAAAUCGAGCUGGUUGAGAUGCAUGAGACGGAGACCUCCUGUGGUGUAUGCGGACUGUUAGAUGAUUGAAGAAAUGUGGACGGAAGUGUUUGUGUCCUUCAGACCUACUGAAAGUUGUACUUUUAUUACAUAUUGGAGACUGUUAGUGUGAUCAUCGGUGUUUUAGAUAGUCUUUAAAUGUUCUAUUUGUCAUGCGGGACGCAUCGACUUAAGGAGGGGGAAGUGUGACGAUUUUAUUCAGUUAGAGUUAUCUCCCUUCAUGUAACGUUUUGUAUACGUCCUGUUUUGUAUCAUUCCCCACCUACCUAAUUAUUUUAAUUAUCGAUGAUUGACUUAUGUUUUCAUGAAACUAGUGUUUACUAAAUGUGUAAUCAUACCUGUAUAAAUAAAUAAAAACAUUUGUCUUGCGUA